AUGAGUAUUUUUGAAAAGGACUUAGAGUCAUCUAGCUCUGCUAGAUCUGUUAAGGUAGAUAACUACGACAAAAUCGAUACCGCUGAAGUUGGUAGAAACUUCGACUUCGCUAAGGAGUAUGCUAUUAUUGAGCAGGAAGCUGCAGCUUGUAAGGUCAACAGAACCUUCAAGGAAAAACUUUUAAGUUUGGAGUUCGAACUUGACUUCAAAGACAAGAAACAUAUGGUCUGGUUCUUAGGUGCUUUUGCCUGUACAGCUGGUUUACUUUCCGGUAUUGAUCAGUCUUUAAUUUCUGGUGCAGGUGUGUUUUUACCUGAUGCUCUUCACUUAACUUCCAGAGAAUCCUCAUUAGUUAGUUCUCUUAUGCCUCUUGGUGCUAUGGCUGGUUCCAUGUUAAUGACACCAUUGAAUGAGUACUUUGGAAGAAAGCUGUCUAUUAUCAUUUCCUGUGUUUUCUAUACUAUUGGUGCUGCUUUGUGUGCUGGUGCAGUUAACACUGAAAUUAUGUACGCUGGUAGGUUUAUUUUAGGUAUUGGUGUGGGUAUUGAAGGUGGAUGUGUCGGUAUCUACGUCGCAGAAUCCGUUCCAGCUAAUGUCAGAGGUAACUUAGUUUCCAUGUAUCAAUUCAAUAUCGCUUUAGGGGAAGUCUUGGGUUACGCUGUUUCCGCUAUCUUCUACGAUGUUCCUCAUGGAUGGAGAUUCAUGUUAGGAUCUUCAUUGGUCUUUUCCACCAUCUUAUUCGUCGGUAUGUUCUUUUUACCAGAAUCUCCUCGUUAUUUGGUCCAUAAAGGUAAGAUUGGUGAAGCUUACAAUGUUUGGAAGAGAUUGAGAGAUAUUAGUGAUGAAAAGAAUAAGUUAGAAUUCUUAGAGAUGAGACAGGCUGCAUUCCAGGAACAAGAGGCUAACAGAAACGAAAGCAAGGUUCAAUUAUGGUUAGACUUAUUCUUGAAUCCAAGAAACAGAAGAGCAUUGGUAUACUCAGUUAUUAUGGUUACCUUAGGUCAAUUGACAGGUGUGAAUGCCGUCAUGUACUAUAUGUCUACAUUGAUGGCUAAUAUUGGUUUCGAUACGAAGAACUCUGUUUUCAUGUCAUUAGUAGGGGGUGGUUCCUUAUUGAUCGGUACCAUUCCAGCUAUUCUCUUCAUGGAUAGAUUCGGAAGAAGAGUUUGGGGUUUGAAUAUUGUUGGUUUCUUCGUUGGUUUAUGUUUAGUUGGUGGUGGUUACUUAAUUAAUAUUGAAAAGAACUUACAAGCUGCAGAAGGAGUCUACUUGACCGGUAUUAUCUUAUAUAUGGGUUUCUUCGGUUCCUACGCUUGUUUGACAUGGGUUUUACCAUCAGAAUCUUUCGAUUUGAGAACUAGAUCCAUUGGUAUGACCGUCUGUUCUACUUUCUUAUAUUUAUGGUCUUUCACAGUCACUUAUAACUUCACAGGUAUGCAAGAAGCUAUGACUUACACUGGUUUAACAUUAGGAUUCUAUGGUGGUAUUGCUUUCUUGGGUUUCUUCUACCAAAUUCUCUGUAUGCCAGAAACUAAGGACAAGACUUUAGAAGAAAUUGAUGAUAUCUUCUCGAUGAAGACAAAGGACUUAAUUAAGGUCAAUAUCAGAAGUAUGAAGAAAUUCUGGGGAAAAUCUUCAUAA